UGUUGCAGUAAAUGCAAUAAGUGAAGGUGUAACCGCGCAGGGCAGUAAGUCAGGGGUAACCGCGCGAAGCAGUAAAAUCAGUAUAUUAUGUUGUGUUGUUCUUCAGUGUUCUGUCUCCCUCACUCGACCCCCAGCGGGGUCUGUUUACAUGACGUAUCUGUCGUGCAGACAGAAAGUGCUAUUGGAACAGGCAAGAGCACUGCACCAGCACACGUGGCAGACAUGACCGCUUUACUCCAUAAACCGUCACACAAAGCCCUGAAAUUGCUUGGAAAAGGCGGGAAGAAACUCAUCGCAGCGGUUCCGUUUGUCGGCGCCGUGAUUGGACAUGCGUCUGCCGCCGAGGCAGCCAUGUCGGGAGACAUCAAGGGCGCGGCGCUCGACGAGUUUGGAAAUGUGCCUGUUGCCGGGAAUUUGCUGGACGCGGCACGCGGUGGCAUGGAUAUCGGAGAGGCGCUGGACGUGUGGUUGGGCAUUAGUGAUGUUGCUGCAGGGCAUGGAGAUAAAGUUAGGGAGAAUGCAAAGAGUAUUGGGUUUAGUGAGGAUACAGCGUUCUACAUUGGGGCGGGAGGUGCGGCCUUGAGUGCGGUUACUGUUGCGCCGAGGAUUGCGUUUGAGAACACGGUUAAGGAGUGGUGGGGCGGGCGUAAAUGAAGUGAGAAGUGAAGGGAUGGCCUGGAUAACUGCAGAAGUCAUAAUUUGAAGGUAGGAAAUGCAGGUAAGGUUAGGAAAUUGAAGGAAUAGGUUUUUGAGUUUAAGGGACCAUACUAUAAAGCAAGCAAGUGCAAGUCAAACAACCCACUUCUUCAGUUCUCAAUCUGAGCUGUGGCUGUU